AUGGGCACGAGUAUUCUUCUACGAGAUUUUGUCCCAGAUGUUCGACAGCUUUUUGAACAAAAUUGUAUAAAAAAACAGGUUUUUAAUGGAACAUUUACAUUUAAAAAAUCAAAUUGUGAAAAAAAAAUCAUUGUGGAGGAAGAUUGAGUUUCAAAACUUAAUUUGAAGAUUGAGUAUUUACUACCGUACAACGGUAGUAAAAUAGUGCUUGAAAAUAUCCCUGGUGCCCCUAAGUGUAAUAGGAUUGUUACUAAUAUAUGUUGAUGCGUUUAGAGUUUGCUCAUUCCAACUUUAAUUUUGACAACUCAGAACAUGUGUAUGACAAAACAAAUCUUAAUAAAUGCGGCUGAUUAUUUAUGACAUAAUUAAUAUUAAAGAUGCUGUAAAGUCCGUGCUGCGUACAAGUUCUGCGCAGGCCUACAUUCCAAUGGUCGGGUCCCGACCAUUGGAAUAUUAUUAAUAUUUUGCACCUUCCGAACUUUCUUGAAAUGAAUCUCUAGUCUGUAUUCAUUUACAAGCAUAGCGAACCAGAACUUGUGGGACUUUUAUGGAUUUGAAAAGAUAUUAAAAAGUUAGUUAAGACGAGAUUUUUUGUAUGUUACGUAACACGCGCUCAAAACUAAUGCGUAUAAUAUAUCACUUGAGGUUAUGACUAAAUUCAAAAAUUUUAUUUUUCGAUACUUUUCUCAAUCGGCAAACAAACUUAAAAAGUAUGUUUAGUGCUUUAUCUGUAAAAUAAUGCUAGAAUGAAGAGAUUUUAGAUGAUACGCCAAAGAGAAAAUGAUGUCUGAAGUUCAGUACGUUUUGCUUAUUUGGCAGUAAAUAUGGCGUUAAUUUUAAAGCAUCAUUGAUAAUUGUAUUUUAAUUGACAAUUUUUACCUAUUAUUUUAUGUUUCUCAACCGGCAGAUGCAUUUAAAAAGGUUGCUAACUCUAUAAACAACAGAAUAAAGCUAGAACAAAGUAAUCUUGAGAGGAACGCCAAAAAGAUUUUAGGUUUUGAACACUUUUCAUUGGACAAAUGUGACAUUGAAAAAAAUUGCCUCUUAAUAAGUUCAAAAGAUUUUUUUGAUUUAAUGUAAUAGUUUUGAGGAUACAGGCCUUUAAACAACGGACUGUUCCUGAGUCCCAGCUUCCAGGGGUCUAAACACGGCUAUAGAAUUUGGCCUUUUUCGAAACUGUCCAUUGUGCAUAGGAGCCUGGGACUCAGGAACUGUAGGUACUUUAGAGGCCUGUAUUUUCAAAAUUAUUCCACUAAAUCGAAAAUCUUUUGAACUUAUUAACUAACUUUUUACGCUCUUUUCAAAUCCAAAAGGUCCCACAAGUGAUAUAGACACUUUAAUAUAUAUCUAAUCAUAUUUUACAACUGUAGCACUGAGUUCAAAAUGUAAACAAAGCGUUUGUUUACAUUACGGACUUUACAGUAUCUUUAUAGCAGACGAGUAAUUUAAUUAUAAAUGUGUAUUUAAUCAUACAUACCGGAAAAAAUAUUGUAAAAUACAGUAAAUAUAUUCAUAAACUUAAAAAGGUGUAUGUUUUACUUUAUUCUCCAUAUAUAUAAUAAUAAUUAAAUAUCUGGAUCUAGAUAUUUAAUAAUAAUUAAAUAUCUGGAUCUCGAGCACUCGUAAUGCAUAACAUCAAUUUAUACAGUAUGACGCGUAGAUUCUGAAAGAUUUACUCGAUAUUCACGUCUGAAAGUUUAUACAUUUGAAAACAACACUGUGUCGCUCCUUCCUAGCAUUGUCACGUCAUCGUGAUCAUGCGCACUUGCGAUGCUAAAUCGGGUGUUCCUUUACACAACAUGAGAAGCGAAUGUUAUAAAAAAUUACAAAAAUCCACAAUAACGACAAGGAUUCCUAGAAAUUUUUGUAAACUUGGAAAAAGGAAAAAAGAAUAUUUAAAUAACACAACUGAAAUUGUCUCUAUAACCUUCAAAGCACUGACUAAGUACAAUAAAUCACUGCUAACAUAAAUCGUAUACACCCCCGGAAAGUUUACACUAUGACUGAAUGAACGAAUGAAUGAUUCGUUUGAAUUUUCCCCACUGCUCACAGUACUGUAAAGUUUCGAGGAAACUUUGCAGUAUUGUGAUGAGUGGGAGACAAAUUUGGGGGGACAAAGGUCUUUUUUUUAAACUGUCGCCAGCUGCUUGUACGAUCCCUGGGUACGAAAUUAACUUACGACAGUGUCCUUCAGAUACAACCAUAUGGAAACAAUUAUGCAUAAAAAUCAUUCAGAGGGGGGGAUGGGGGGGAGUGUAUUUUCGUGAGCCGUGAAUGGUCAAUAUUUGUUCGCGUGAAACGUGAAAUGCUUGAUUUUAGUGUCGUGAAAUGUGAUUUCUUCUACAGUCGUGAGGCGUGAUUGUUGAUAAAAAUGCUCCGUGAAAUGAGAAUUAAGGAUGUCUGCUUCGUGAACUGUGAUUUUGCUUUGUUUAUUUCGAUCUAUUUUAUAUUAGUCAUAAUAAACAUAAUACGCGAUAAUCAAAUUUAUAUGAUCUCACUCGAUUGCACAAGAGUAAAAACUUCGGAGACCUUUUGCAAGGUUCCUGACGCUGAGGACAAGGUUCCUGACGCUGAGGACAAGGUUCCUGACGGUGAGGACAAGGUUCCUGACGGUGAGGACAAGGUUCCUGACAGUGAGGACAAGGUUCCUAACGGUGAGGACAAGGUUCCUGACGCUGAGGACAAGGUUCCUGACGCUGAGGACAAGGUUCCUGACGCUGAGGACAAGGUUCCUGACGCUGAGAACAAGGUUCCUGGCGCUGUGGAAAAGGUUCCUGACGCUGAGGACAAG